UUUCCUCAUUUGCGCCUAGCCCCUGUUUCGCAGCUCUGUAGUCUAACAAAGUUCAUCUCGUCCUCUUUAUUUUUCUUUUUAAUUUUUGAUAACUGCUCGAAGCAUUUCAUUCUCGCAGAGCCUAGGGUUAGGGGGUGUGGAUUCAAGCUUUCAAUCCCUAAAUUCUAAUUUUCAGCUUUUCCCACCUGUGUCAAAUACCGCCAUUUCUCUCAUCUCUAAUUUAAUCUCUGUACAGACACAUUUCAUUUUAUAAUUAAUAAUUAAUUUCUUGAAAGUUUCAAAUCGUCAAAAGGUUUGGUUAAUUUUACGACAGAUUUAGGUAUUCUACAGUUGUUUUUGGGAAACAAAAAGAGAUAGAACCUCAUGGAUAAGAAAAGAGUGGCGGUUCCUCUUGUGUGCCAUGGUCAUUCUCGCCCUGUUGUCGAUUUGUUUUACAGUCCAAUCACUCCCGAUGGCUUCUUCCUCAUCAGUGCGAGCAAGGAUUCUAGUCCCAUGCUUAGAAAUGGAGAGUCUGGUGAUUGGAUUGGGACGUUUGAAGGGCAUAAGGGUGCGGUGUGGAGUUGCUGUUUGGAUACUAGUGCUUUACGGGCAGCUUCUGGUUCUGCUGAUUUUACUGCGAAAGUGUGGGAUGCAUUAACAGGAGAUGAACUGCAUUCAUUUGAACACAAGCACAUUGUUCGAGCUUGUGCAUUUUCGGAGGAUACUCGCCUUCUGCUCACUGGGGGAGUGGAGAAAGUCCUGCGAAUUUAUGAUUUGAGUCGCCCAGAUGCACCUCCAAGAGAAGUUGAUAAAUCUCCUGGCUCAGUGAGAACUGUUGCAUGGCUUCACAGUGAUCAGACAAUAUUAAGUUCUUGCACUGAUAUGGGGGGUGUGAGACUGUGGGAUGUUAGAAGUGGAAAGAUAGUGCAGACCCUUGAGACCAAGUCAUCUGUAACCAGUGCUGAAGUGAGUCAAGAUGGUCGAUAUAUAACAACUUGUGAUGGUUCUACAGUGAAGUUUUGGGAUGCAAACCAUUUCGGGUUAGUGAAGAGCUACAAUAUGCCUUGCACAGUAGAAUCAGCUUCGCUGGAACCCAAGUACGGGAACAAGUUCAUUGCUGGGGGUGAAGAUAUGUGGAUUCAUGUGUAUGAUUUUCAUACUGGCGACGAGAUAGCAUGCAAUAAGGGUCAUCAUGGUCCUGUGCACUGUGUACGUUUCUCACCAGGAGGGGAAUCAUAUGCCUCUGGAUCUGAGGAUGGAACCAUCAGAAUAUGGCAGACAGGCCCUUUGACACACGAUGAGAACGAGGGAUUCACAGCAAAUGGAUCAAUUGGAAACGUGAGGGUACCAGCAGAAGAAGUUUCACGGAAGAUUGAAGGCUUUCACAUUUCAGAAGAUGGGAGGGCCAAAGACAAGGAAGAAGCAGGGAAGGACUGAUGCAGGGAAAGAUUGGCCUCAAUCUUUUCAUUUACUAUUUAUUUGAUUUGGUGGUUGUUGGGGGGUGGCCUCAGUCUACAGUCUUAAGACACCUAAUAUUUGUACAAGGCCUAGAUAGUAACUUUGGAAUUAAAUAGAUAGGCUGGACAUAUUGAUUUGCAUUUUUUACUAGCUUGAAAAUGGUUGUCUCAAGAGUCGGGUCGCUCUAGCCUCAACUGUCUACAUUUGUUUCUGACAUGGACGGAAAACCCUGUACACGCUUGGAUCCAGGUUUUCCCAUUUGUAAGUUGUGAUUUCCUGGAAAUUUUCUUGACAAGUUUGGUGAAUUGGUGAUGCUCUGAUAAUGAAACUAGGGCCUACAACUUUUUUGACUUUUA